AUGCGACAAAAAAACGAUGAAGCAUUUACUGAACUCCUCAACCAGAUCAGAACAGCCUCCCAUACAGAAGAUGAUAUUAAAGUUAUUCAGUCAAGAUCCAUUGAACCAUCCGAUCCAAACUAUCCAUCUGACGCACUUCAUAUUUUUGCUGAAAAUGCUCCUGUUAAUGAACAUAACCAAAAGAAGCUUGAAGAAAUUCAAAGACCUCUCUUUAUUCUUAAAGCAAGAGAUCAAUAUCCAAAAAACAUCAAUAAAGCAGACAUUAAUAAACUUUUAGCAAGAGGACGGUCUGACACAUGUGGACUUGAUUAUGAAAUACGAAUUAAAGAAGGCGCCAGAGUAAUGCUUACUACAAAUAUCAACAUACAAGAUCGACUUAUCAAUGGUCAAAUUGGAACGAUAGUUAAAAUUAAUAUUAAUUCCAAUAACGAACCAAAUGUUUUAUAUAUUAAGUUUGAUGAUGAGAAAGCUGGUAAAACUACAACAAACACUACUGCCAACAUAUUUGCAAGAGAGAAUCAUGUUGUACCGAUAGAGCCUGUUCUUGCAAAAUUCAAAGUUAGACCUGGAAAAGCAUCAUCUCCAGAAAUACAGAGAGUACAAUUUCCUAUCGCACUUUCGUGGGCCUGCACUGUUCACAAAGUUCAAGGUCUUACUCUGCAAAAUGUAGUUGUUAGCAUGCAGUUGAAUAAACAAAGAUAUUUUAAUUAUGGUCUUUACAAGGUUUACACAUCCUCGGAGAAAUACAAAGUAAACACGUUAAGGCAAAUCCUAAAGUUGACGAAGAAUACGAGAGACUUCGAAACGCUAGUGAUUUUAUAG